UUGUUAUUAAGGCUCAGGAUGGGAUGGGCUGUGUAAAGGAAUGCCCUCAUCCUUUGUUGACACGUCUCCAUGGUUACUCCCUGCACACAGCAGCCCAUCUGAAACGGAUCCACUCGGCUUCAGUAGGCCUGGAGGAAACAGCUUUGGGGUGAUGGACCUCACAGGCGCUCCUCACUCGGUGAGCAGUCCAGACCGUGAGCCGCAGCCGGGCCCCAAACUGGUGAGAGAGACCCGCUUCAGCAGCUGGACCCCGCAGGGCAAUAAGCAGAGCAACCUGCAGCUGUUUGAGGAGCGUGUGAAGCUUCUGUUGCACUGGUUUGAUCUGUGGACGGACUCCCAGAGGAAGCGCCUCCUGCAGGCUCUGCUGGGUCGCUGCACCAAGGCGCAGCUUAAGCACUGCAGAAACCUGCUCAAUGACACGGUUCCUGUAACCCGGCUGGACUUCACGGCUGUGCUGCCUCGGUGUCUAUCCCUCUACAUCAUGUCCUUCCUGUCCCCGCGGGAGCUCUGUGGUGCCGCCCAGGUCAGUUGGCACUGGAGGGUCCUGGCAGAACAGGACUGUCUCUGGGCCGGCCGGUGUAUCAAGAGAGGUUGGUUCCUUCCCUACUCUCCAAGAGACAAGGAGUUUGGAGCCUGGAGGAACCACUACGUCUCGUGCGUCUCCACCCUGGACCGGCUAUCUCCUCAGGAAGCAGCCGAGAUAUAUGGGACCCUCUACCAGCCACGCCUGGGGGUGAAGGAGGAGGAAGGGGAGAGGAGCAGAGAGAGGAGGAUUAGGCAGAAACUCAAAGAGGCCCUUAAGGAGGAAAAGAGUGAGUCAAGACUGGCCUUGAUUAGCAGGAGACCAUGGGGUUCUAACCCAAAGUCUGACAGAUCUGGAGGUGAAAGGUCACAGACCGUCCUGUCCAGCUCAGAGUUGAUGGUUAGGUCUUGGCCUUCUCUCUCCUCGCCGAUGAAGGCAGUUGAGUCUCCAACCGCCAGUCUCAGUCCACACAGAGGACAACACCUGGAUGAAGUCAGCAGACAUUUUGCAUCUCAGCCAAAAGUCUCCUCAGUUCUGGCUUCUACUGAAACAGGGUUAGGAUUAUCAUCUACACCAGCGUUGUCCAAGGCUAAGACGGUGCCGGCUUCUCUCCCCCACACAGACUCUGCUGCCAUCUUGCUGCUCAUCUCCAACAAAAUUCCAGCUUAUGAGGUGGUGCUCAGUGGUGUGAAGGCCAGAGUGGCCGUGGUUCUGUAUGACCAUAGAUGGACUCUCUCGGCUCUCUUCAACCAGACGGAGAGAGCUGCUUCGGGGCAGCGAGUGCAAAGGCUCGGCCUUUUGGUUCCAGGAGGGACAGAGGAGGUUCAUCUGGUCAAUGGCAGUGUUCUGUCUGAGAGGACGUUAUCAUCCCCAGAUCACCAGGAAUUCUGGGAAAAACUGUGUGCCUUGGUGGCACCUGGUCAGGAGGGAGGCGGGAUUGAUAUUUUCUGCCCGCUGGCUGCGUCUGUGCCGGGACUCGCUCUGAUGUGGAAUCUCUCCGAUCUGACUGGUCUGGAAGUUCGCGCUCCGUUGGGCUUUGCCACAGGAAGUUUCCAGAACAUCCUAAGCGAGUGGUCUGGUGGCGACCAGGACCCAGCAGCUCCAGCUCUAUGCUACGUGGCUGACAGCGUGCUGUUGGGCUGGUGUAGACAGGCCCGAUGGAUGGAGGAGGUUCUGGUCCGGCUGAGGAAGUCCCUGGAGCUGCAGCUUCAACAGGCUAGUCUUCAAGCCAGAGGCAGAGCUCUGGGACUCUUCCUGUGGGAGAACAUUUCCCUCGAUACCCUUGGUGCGUGUGGGGAACUCAGUGAAGCUCUGACAGAAGGACUUACAGCUCUCAGCAGACAGAACGAAAGCCGACCGGUGGAGUUCCUGUCCAGCUUCCUGAUGAAGUGGAGCAAAGAGGACGGAGAGAGGAGCCAAGCAGCAGGUGGUUCAUCAUGUCCAGGCCCACCACCAGGGAUAGCACAGGCAACUUUCGAUUGGAGAUGUUCAGUUGGAAGAGAGCUGCUCCACAGCGAGCGCCUUUAUCUGGGAAGAAUGAGGGCUGUGCUGAAGGUGUACCAGGAGCCUCUCAUGGCGGCGCUGAAUUCCAACAGAGCGAUCCUCAGCUACGUCGACAUCCAGAUCAUCUUCGGCUCUGUUGCACUGAUACUGCACCAGAACGGUGUGUUUCAGGCUGAUUUGCAGGCCAGGCUGCAGCACUGGGGAGCAGAGCAGUGUGUUGGAGAUGUGUUUGUAAAAUUCUGCUCCAAAUUGAACGUCUACACUAACUACCUUAACAAUUACAUCACCACCAUCCACACCAUAGAUAAGUGCAGGGAGGCUAAACCUGCAUUCCGGGCUUUUCUGAAGAGAGCAGACAGAACUCUGCCAACACACAUGCUGAGCCUGCAGGAGCUGCUGCUGUGUCCCGUGUGGCGAAUCCAGGAGUAUGUUACUCUGCUUCAAGCUCUGACCUCACACACUCGACCCGGUCACCCGGACCACCCAGACCUCCGCUCCGCCCUCAACGCAGUGCUCCAGUUCAGAGACUUCAUCCAGGAGUUGGAGAGAAACUCUGAGGCAGACAGGAGGCUGGAGGAGACGCAGGAACUGAUCCGGGGCUGUCCGAGCCUCGCCGAAGGAAACCGACAGCUGAUAAUAACCCAGGAUGCCAUGAUGCUCAGGAGUCCAGACGAACAGAUUCCGGACUCACUGAGGGCCUUUGAGCACGUAUGCGACGUGGGACUCUUCCUGUUUAGCGAUGCUUUAGUUUUGACCCGGAGAAGGUUGCAGCAUAUACCCUUCACCAUGACUCACCGGAGCACACACACGUUCUGGGUCUCUGUGGCUCUCAGCAGUCUGGAUGUCAGAGAAGUCCUACACACGCGCUAUGUGCGCCACGCCUUCGUCCUGGACGGGCCGCGCUGUUCGUGGGUUUGUGCGACAGAACAGGAAGAGGAGAGGGACAACUUCCUGUCUGCUCUGCGUUCGGCUAUAAGCUCCUCCCUGACAGAACAUCAAUGAAUUUAAGGCGAGAUAUCUGCAGCGUAGCAUCCGACUCCCCCAAUAUGGGGCUCCUCUGUACACAUUUAAUGAAAAUGUUCCCAUUCCUUCCUAUAGAUCGAGACAAUUAUUCAAAUAAUAUGAAAUCACUUCUCUUGGAGGGUGUUUGGUUGGUUUUAUGUUUUAGCAGAAGAUGAUCAUCUUUAAUGAUAUUCACCAGCCAACACUGCCUACAUUGCUUCUCUGAACCAUAAUCAUGUUCUGCAAUCAUCACCAAGGUCACCUGACCUAACAAAAUACCAUAUGACCAAAUAUGGUUUUUGGUACCUCUGGAAACACAAACACCAUAAAUAUAGUGUUAUUAAUCUCAGCCCAGAUUUAUUAUCAGACCGAUAUGUUAGAUGACAAACAUCGGCUGAUACUGAUGUUUAUCCUGAUGUAUGACACAUCACUACUUUUUCCCUCAACAUCAAAUGACUCCAUAUUUUUCCCACUACAUUGUGUUACUCUAUAUUUUCCCUCAAUAAUGAUUUAAAAAAAAAAUAACAAUUCUCAUUAAAUUAUAGAAUCAGUUCUUUCUACAACAUUAAGUGAUUCAUUUUUUUGUUAACAUUCUAUUAUUUCUCAACAAUAAACAACUCCACAUGUUUUCAAUAAAUGAUUUCACAUUUUUCCAAAAUAUUGAGUGAUGACAUAUUUUUACCCAAUAAUGAGCAUUUUAAUUAAAAAGAAUCCCA